CUACAUAAAAAAUUGACUUAUAGGUCUUGCUGAUCAUGUUUCAGCAGUUAGGGCUGCUUUUGUAAGUAAUUAAUGCUUAAGUUUCUGGAUUUCCAGAAAAGAGUAUAUAUGAAAGUGAGCCAAUUACUGGGCACUUAGCGCUGCGGGGCACUUAUAUACAGGGGAGCGCAGAAACUAGAGUUGCAUUUGUGGCAGUUUCCCUGCUCCUCCCCACGCUACAAUGCUGUUAGGCUGCAGGCACUGAGACAGGUGGAGCCGCGGCCACAAUCACCUGCCAGGUCCCUCCAUCUCCCGCCUCAGCCGCGCCUUAUGGCGCUCACACUCCCCCACCGGCAGCGCGCAGGGUCCCGCUCCCUCACUCUCCCGACUCGGUCCCUCUCCCGACUCGGUCACACGGCUGCCGGCGCGGUGAGUACCUGGCGAGCGCUAAUAGGCGCAGAAGAAAGAAAUAAGACGGUACAGUGAUGGACUUUGGAGAUGGUACAAAAACUCAGUUUGAAGCCAAAGAUCACAAGAUUUCUGUCCUUCAGGAUGACCUCAGGAAGGUUAUAAAUGAUGGAGCAGCACUGCUGGAUAAGCUGGAUGAAACCAAAGAUAAAUCCCAGCAAAUUAUUACACAACAAAAGCAAUAUAUAGCGCAUUUAGAAGAUGAGUUGAGGAUCUCCAGGAAAAAUCAAGAAAUAUCCGAGAAAGAGAUUGUGAAACUGGAGCAGGUAAUAAUUGAACAGAGAAAGGAAAUGAAACAACUUCAACAUCUUUACCAAGACACACUGGAAAAAAAUGGCCGAUUAGAGGCAAAAAUUGAAACCCACAUGAUAACAGCUCAGAGUGAACAAGAUGUACUUUUAAAUGAGAUCUCUGGCAUGGAGGAAAUUAUCCACCGACUGAAAAUGCAAGAAAAAGAUUAUGAAGAGAAAUUAAGUAAAGCAGAUAAACAGAUACUGCAUCAAAACGCUCUGUUUCAAGAACUGAGAGGCAAGUAUGAUGAUCUGGUCGGUUAUGCCAAGGAGAGAGAAGAGGCUGUGCAGUCCCUAAUCAGACAGUUGCAAGAUGCUAAUGCUGCUGAAGAGGAAGCAAAGAUAGAGGUGAAUGACCGUGGGGAAACCAUCAGGCAUUUACAUUUGGAACUGGCCUCACUGCAGACUGCCGAAGAUUCAGCAAGGAAAACAGUCAUUGUGAAGGAACAUAUUAGUGGCGAGCUAUAUGAAGAAUGUGAAAAACUGAAGUGUAUUGUUGGGGAAAUGCAGUUCAAGCUUAGUGCUGGUGACGUAAAGAUUAAUGAGCUAAACUUGGAAGUUGGAAUCCUGAAAUGUGAAUUGGAUAAAAAAACAAGAGAGAUGGAAACACUGGAUGCUCAAAUACAAAAGCAACAAGCAACUUUGAAUAGAGCAAGUGACAGAUUGAAGGAAACAAAGAAAGCUGCUGCAAACAAGAUCCAUGACAAAGAAAUGAAACGCGAGGCUCUACAGAAGGAGCUAUUAAAAGCUCAAAACCAGUACUCUGCAUGUUAUGAUGAGUUGCUCCACAGGGAGAAACUUUUACAUAAACUUAAGGAAGAAAAUAUUCAGCUGACAGAGCAAAUCAAGCAGAAGUCCCAGGAUAUUUUCAAGAUGAGUGAAGAAAAGAAGAAAGUGGAGCUAAAGCUGGCAGUUGUCACAGAGAGACAUAAAACUGCUCAACAAGAGGUUAACAACAGAGAUCAAAUUAUUUUGCAACUUAAAACUGACUUGAAAACAUCACAAGAGAAAUAUUUAGGCUCUCAAGAAGAACUGCGUCUUCAAGAGGAAGAAGUGUCCAGGCUUCAACAGAAAAUGAAGUGUCUGCAAACUGAGGCUUGCGAGCUGUGGGAGAAAUGCAAUGAGCAAGUAGAUCAACUCAAUCAAGUAGAAAAAGCCAAGCAACACAUGUCACAUGAGCAGGAGAUACUUCUGGGCAAGCUUCAAAACAAUACGUCAGUUAUUGAGAAACUCCAGAAAGAUCUGGAUCUUGCCAAACAUUUGCACACAACUGACUUAGAACGCUGGACUUUACAAACAUCUCAUAUACAAAAGGAAUUAACCUCUGUUAAUCAGGCACAUCUAGAGGAUCUGCUAAAGAUACAAGAGUGCAAAGACAAAAUAUCAAGUCUUCAAGUAAGCUUGGAAAAUGCUGAUCGCCUGUAUAAAGAAGCAAACAUGAAGACUGAAACUGGAGAAGAAAAUAUUCAAAAGAAAAAUGAGGAGAUUCAACAUUCACAGCUGCAGGUAAAGGAUUUGCAGCGAAAGUUAAAAGAAAUGUGCGUUCAGGCCAAGGCAAAUGCAUCCGCUGUAGAGCUGCACAAGAACAAAUGUCAGUUAUACGUCAGCACUAUUAUAGAUAUGGAAAAAAAGAUGGAAACCCUACAAGAACAAGCAACAGAAGCAGCCACUGAGAUUGCUAACAAAAAGGAAACAAUUCAGAGCCUGGAAGCUGAAGUAUUGAUUCUUCAGCGUCAGUAUAAGGAAAAGAGCGACCAGGUAGAAACCUUUGAAGGCCUGAUUGACCAGUUAACUGGAGAGUUGCAUUCCUCCAAGGAUGAUGUUAAAUUGAACAAAGAACAAUGCCAGCAAUACGAGCAGCUAGCAAAAACAAUGAAAGAAAAGGUUGAUUGUCUGCAAAAGCAGAUCUUGGAUAGUGAAGAUUUUGUUGAUCAGCUACGUUCUGAUAUGACUGAAUACAAGUCCAGCCAUAGUCAUUCCAAUGAAGAGCAUAAUGCACAGAUUUUCCUUCUUCAGACGUGCCAGAAUGAGAUUGAAGUCCUACAGGCCCAGCUAAAUGAAAAAACAUCACAAAUUGAAGAAUAUCAAAGAGUAAUAGUGGAGCAAAAAGCAGAAGGGGCAGAUGUCCUUUCCCGGCAAAAUAAAUAUUCUCUUGAAAUGGAAGAGCUAGAAAAGACUCUGCAAACCUUACAUACAGAUAUCAUGGCAUCUGAGCAGAAGCAUAAGUUGGACCUUGACGAACUGGAAAAGCAGAUUGUCCAACUAAAUACAGAAUUAAUGGAUACCAGAAAACUCUGUUCUCAAAAAGAUCAGGCAAUAAGCAAAAGAGAUGAUCUUUUGAGAAAGUCAGAAGCUGAUCUCCUGCAGGCAAGAAAAGGAAUCAAAGAGAAAGUUGCUGAGCUGGAACACCAUGACAGCAUGGUCAAGAAAUUAGAAGAAAGCCUCCAAGAUGCAAAGAGCAAAGAGAGAGAAAAGGAGAAGGAAAACAAUGAACUUGAAGCAGAGGUGAAGAAACUCCAGGGUGAGCUCCACAAUGCACGCAGGCUGUAUGAAGAAACAGCUCGGGAACUUGUUAGCCAAGAAGAAAAACUUCUAUACUUGGAAACAAGCUCGAAAGCAACUCAAGAGCAGCUAAGCAAGCAAAUAGCUGAAACAGUUCGCCAGGAACAGAACAGCAGAAAAUGCCAGACGGACCUGAAGACCCUAAAAGAACGUUUCGCUGUCUCACAUGAGGAAAACAGAGAAUACAAAGAAAUGCUUGACAAAUUGAAGGCUGAAUUAAUAACAUUAAAGGCAGAGCAUCAACAUACUGUUCAGGAAACCCUGCCACUUCAACAAGCCAAUCACAAGCUCAAGACAGAAUUGGCCUCUGUCAGGGAUCAUGCUAGGAAUUUGGAGCUCCAGGCUGAAAACUAUGAAGAAUUAGUGAAAGGCUUGCGUGAGGAACUAAACCAAGAACAACUUUGCUACCAAGAUGAGAAAAAACAUACUGAAAAGUUAAAGAAUCAGAUUUUAGGCUUGGAAUCCAAAAUAGAAAAAAUGAGACUGAACAAGCAGAAGGACGCCCAAGCGAUGAAAGAACAGCAGAGACGAUUAGAGGAAAUAGAAGAAGAGCUUUGCCAAACGCAAAAAAAAUACAUCAGUGCCCAAAACGAGCUCUUAGAAGUCGAAGCACAGUCCAAAAUGCUCCAUGUUAAUCUGGCUGCUGCAGAGAAGCAGAUAAACCAUCACACUGAGCAGGUUCUUAUGCAGGAAGAAAGUGUUUUGGAAUUGGCCGGAAAAUUAUCACAAGCUCACAAACUGAAUCAAGAAACUAUUAAGGAUCUUGGUAACAGAGAAGAGCAACUAGAAACGUAUAAAAGUCAAUGUAAGAAACUAAAGGAAAAGCUGACUCUCACUUCAAAAGAGGUAGCAAUUUUGCAAGAUGUGGUAAAAACAACUGAACAGAAAUAUAAUGAAGCAGAAAAAGAGCUGGAAACCCAGCGUCAAGUUCUGGAAGCAGCAAAAACUGACAACAGUCGCCUCCAUCAGGAAAGCGAGUUUGUGGCUGCAAAUGUUAAUCACUGGAUCAAAGAACAAAAGUUGGCGAAUGAAUAUCUAGCUCAAAAAAUUAAAGAGCAGAACCAACUCUUGGCCCACCUUAUUGCAGAAAGAGAUCAUUUUCAGAAAAUAGAAGAGACCCUCUCCAUGAAGAUUUUGAAACUAAGAAGUGAAUCAGAAGAGAAUAAGAGAGAGAAUGAAAGACUAAUGGCAAGUUGCACCGAACAGCAAGCACUUCUGUUAAAACCUCAAAGUGAAUUGGACACUGAAAAUUGCAUUAGCCAUGACCAGACAAGUGUUUUGGAGGAGAACCCGACAGCCACUGAGGAUAUUCACACUAAGUUAAAGGCCAACAUAAAAUCGAUUGAUUUUUUAAACCAGAAGCUAAACGAAUUAAGUCAAGAAAAUGGAAAUAUCCAAAAAAAAUUUGAAGACGAAAAGCUUCGCUGUCGACAAUAUGAAAUCCUUUUGCAAACAUGCAACCAGACUGUGGCCAAUCUUUUUGCUCAGUUACAAGGUAAACAAGAACCUACAGAGAUUUCCCAGAAAAGUCCAUCUUGGAAGGAUGAUCAAGUACCAUGUUCGAACCUGCUGUUGCCAAACCAAGCUCAGAAUAGACACCAAAAGGAAGGAACUAAAGAUUCAGAAGGCUGCUCAUACUGGAUAAAAUGUGUAGAAGAACUUUCCACUCAGCUGCAGGAAAACACUGAAUAUUGGACUGAAAAAAUGGAUUCACUAACUGCUGAAAUUCAACAAAAAUGUGUAACGUCACCCCAGUCCAGUAGCCUUGGCUCUACAUGAUUUUACACCCCAGUAGCCUUGGCUCUACAUGAUUUUACACCCCAGUAGCCUUGGCUCUACAUGAUUUUACACCCCAGUAGCCUUGGCUCUACAUGAUUUUACACCCCAGUAGCCUUGGCUCUACAUGAUUUUACACCCCAGUAGCCUUGGCUCUACAUGAUUUUACACCCCAGUAGCCUUGGCUCUACAUGAUUUUACACCCCAGUAGCCUUGGCUCUACAUGAUUUUACACCCCAGUAGCCUUGGCUCUACAUGAUUUUACACCCCAGUAGCCUUGGCUCUACAUGAUUUUACACCCCAGUAGCCUUGGCUCUACAUGAUUUUACACCCCAGUAGCCUUGGCUCUACAUGAUUUUACACCCCAGUAGCCUUGGCUCUACAUGAUUUUACACCCCAGUAGCCUUGGCUCUACAUGAUGUUAUAUAGGCAGCAUCAUUUCCUUUAGAAUUCUACUGCACAAUAACCAAUGAUAGAAUGAACUGCAAUAAAAGCAGAGCCAAUUACAGAUAUACAUUUGUGGACAAAUGACUUGCCAUGGCAUCUGUGUGUAAAUCUUGCAUUUACCAAUUCUAUAAAUAUGGACAAUAUACCUUUUAAUUUGUUUUAUUUUCAUAAAAUUAUCUUAGAUAUUAGAAUAUUGGUUUCACAUAUUUACCUGGUGGGAUCUUUUGUGCUUUAGCAGAAGGAAAGUGCCUCCAGCCAAUCAGUGUUGUUUUUAUUUAUAUAUGUCUCACACUAUCUAUAAAUUCUACAUCUGUUGUAUAAAAGCUUAGCUAUGCAAAGUUAUUAGUUCCCAAGUUGUCCUUUGUGUAUAGAAAUGUUGAUUAUGAGCAUUCACUACAGUUAUAUCUGUACUUCUAACAUACAGUAUUUUUUAUAAUGUAUAAUCAAUUCAAAGACUAUUUUGUAAGAUGUAUCAAUAUAUGAGACUAAUUUACAAA